AUGGGAUCAGAUCCCAGAAUGGAAAACAGUGUUGCCGUGAAUCAGGAUGGUCAAGACUACUCUUACUUCUCCGUUGCUAGAUUUGGAUCGGGGGGGCAGGAAAUGUGGUUGCUGCUGGACUCGGGUGCUUCGGAGUCCUGGGUGAUGGGCUCAAACUGCACGGCUGCAGCCUGCUUGCAACACAACAGGUUUGGAAUCGAGCAUUCGAAGACACUAAGUGUCACAGACGAAGAGUGGGAGGUUAGCUACGGCACUGGACAUGUGGAGGGCGUCAUAGUGAGGGACACGUUGUCGAUGGCUGGUUUCCAACUCGAACUCGAUUUCGGCUCCGCACUGAAUGUCUCCCAGGACUUUGCCAACUACCCUAUGGAUGGGAUUCUAGGACUCGGCCCAUCCAAAAUAACCAAGUUGAAGCCAAUUUUGCAGGUCAUUGCGGACCAGAAGCUCUUUAAAAGGAACAUUUUUGGGAUCAGUUUGCAGCGCGCCGCUGAUGAUACCAGGGACGGACAACUGACUUUUGGCGAUAUCGACAAAAGCAAAUUCACCGGGGACAUUACAUAUACGGAUGUCAUCAAGAGUACCAAUCGAUGGGAAAUUCCAGUUAGUGAUGCCAUUGUUGGCGGUAAGCGCGUUAACUUCACCAAAAAGAGCGCCGUCAUCGAUACGGGAACUUCGUUCAUCUUGGUGCCAAUGAAGGAUGCGGAGGCCAUCCAUGCCUUGAUCCCAGGGUCGAGCAAAGGUGAUCAGUAUUUCACCAUCCCCUGCGAUACAAACCUCUCCCUAGAAAUUGAAAUUUCCGGCACGAGAUGGACCGUGUCUCCCAAAGACUAUGUCGGAAACCGUUAUGGAGAUAGUUGUAACUCGUACAUUCUCCCUCGUCAAGCCCUCGGUCCAGAUCAAUGGCUAUUGGGCGAUACCUUUUUAAAAAACGUUUAUUCCGUGUUCGACUAUGACGAGAGUCGGAUAGGAUUUGCCGCUCGAGAAUAUCCAGGAACUCCUCCUUCCAACAAGUCCACACCCCCCAACGCUGUUUCAAGUGUCAAAAUAGUUUCCGAACCAACAACCUCCCCCGUUCCUCCGCGGGAUGCGAAUGCUAAUCCGAUUGAAGGUUCGAGUCAACCGAGCGACAAAAACACACCGGAUAAAGAGGGAGUUGCAGCUUUCCUUUCGACUCCCGGUUGGCUUUCGCUUGCUGUAUUCUUCUCGACCGGAUAUUCUUGGUAUCUGUCGAGCUCGGGAAUGUUGUGAUCGCAUUCCACAUUCAUAGAUUUUUUUGUGUAAGCAUCUACACAUCAUAUCUUAGAGCACGAUACAUCUU